AUGAGAAAAAGAUCCAUUUUAAGGAAAGCAAGAUUUUUAUCACAAGCAGAAGAAACGUCCUGUAUAUUAGAUGGACAAAAUAGUAAAAGAAAAGAAAAUGGAGAUAUCUCCUCUAGUGAAACAAAUCAACUCAAUAUAGAAAUUAAAACAUUUAUGGAAGAUACUAAUAAUGAACUUAGUUUUUAUCUCAAUGACGACAGAAUUAAUAAUCCUACAGAUAAAUGUCAAAAGUCAUCCUCAUAUCUAAAUUGGAGAGGAAUGGACUUUGUUAAUUUAGUAUUAAAUGAAGAAAAUAGUCAUAACAUCUCAAGUCUUGUUGAAUGUUGGAAUAAAAAACAAAAAUCUUUCGAGACACAAAUACAUGAUAAAAUAAAUUCAACAUGUCCUUUGAAAAAUUUUGAUUAUUGUGCUGUUUUGAAUAAAAAUGAUAAUUGCACCAGUCCUUAUAAAGAUAAUAAUAUACCUGGGUUAAUAUCAUUAACGUAUAAUCAACUGAAUGAGAGUGAAUAUAAUCAAAAUAAAACUGAAAUUAUUUAUGAAAGAGCUUCUCAGUUUGAUUCUGUUACUAAUAGUAUAUCUAAUUACUAUUAUAAAAUAUAUGAAGCUAAUUCAAAUCAACUUAAUUGUUGGAAGUGGAGUAUGUAUAUAUAUAAGAGAGGGAGACAAUUUGUUAAUAUGAUGAAUCAUGAACUUUAUUCCGAGGAACAUUAUAGAAAUGAAUUUGUUGAUAAUUGGAAUUCUUUUAGUAAUAAUUUGCAACAAAGUAUAUUAAGGGGCACAAAUAAUCAAUGUAAUAUGACAUCACUAAUUUACGAAAUUAAAAAGAGAGAGAAUACAACUAAACGAUAUGAUAUAUAUUGGAUUCUUUCAGAUAAGCAGGAUAAUUCUACUGAAUCUUUAUAUCCUACAAUUUCAUUACCAUCUAUUACACAAUCUACAAUGGGAACGCCUGAUACACCACAUGCUACUUCUAAUGCAAAUUCAUUAGAUUAUGAUACAAAAACUGAUAGUGCCCUAAAUCGUUAUAGUGAUUCUAAAAAUGUAUCCGCAAAUGAUGCCAUAGUAACACCGAAUGAUGAAGGCAAAAAUGCAAAAAUUACAACCACUGUUUCUCUAGUAGAUCCAACACAAUCAUAUUCUUUAUCUUCAAAUGAUACGCAUGGAUAUAACUCGUCUAAAGAUGAUCCUUCAAUUUUACUUUCUUCUACAAAUGAUAACUCUACACAUCCUAUUACUAUUGUUAAAUCUUCUGAAAGUAAUACUACACCUUCAACAACUGUACCUUCUCCUGAAACUACAUCAUCUCAUACAACCAUGUUUUCUCGAAAUAACAAUUUAUCUUCCUCAGGAGUUUCUGCAUCCCCUAUCACUGAAUCUAGUAAUUCUACAACUGAUGAUGAUACUUCUUUAUUUAAUCGUAUACAUUCUACAAAUAACCAUGCAUCUCCUGCUAUAGAUAUGGCCAAAUCUGCCACUCCUAGCAGUGUACAACCUAUAUCUGUUACUGAAAAUAAUUCUAAUGGUACUCCACCAAUUGUAAAUGAAUCAUUAUCAGAGGCACCUAAUUCUAAACCUCCUGUGGAGGCACAUACUCCUCUUAUUAAAGCUGAGCUUCCCAAAAAUGAUACUGUGUCCCCAUCCUCAUUUAAAUCUUUAAUGCCUUUAGAUAUGAAUACUUCUCCUAGUAAUACGACUGAAUCUUCUACAACAAAUAAUGAUACACAAUUAAUUGGAAAAAGCUAUUCCCCAACACAAAGUUCACAAAAUACACUUACUCCUAUUGCUCAACAUAAUAAAUUACCAUUAAUCGGAGUUCAAAAUGAUACAUUAUCAAACUGUUUGAGCAAUUGUCCUACGGAUAUGAAUGUUACAAAUAGUACUACCCCACAAACUCCAUUAGUUGAGAAUAUUGAACCUACACCUACAAUUAAUCCUGACGUAAAUAUAUUAACAAUAGCUCCAAUAGGUAUACUCAUUUUAGGAAUUAUAUUCCUUUUAGUUAUUCUCUAUAGAUGCACUCCUAUUGGAUCUUGGUUUCGUAAUCGAAAAUCAAGGAAAAAAAAAAUAAGAAAAAAGAUAAAAAAAAUUUCAAAGAAACCAAUGCCAUUAUCUACAAAUAAUAUAGAGGAUGGAUCAAUAAAUAGUGUAAAUCACUGUUUGUUACAGCAUGAAAAACAAAUGCUACUAUGUGAGGUUAGUUUUGAACGUGAAAGAAAUUUGAAACAUGAGCAGAGGGAAAAAACCAAAGAACCUAAAGGAAUAUACAAUGAAAAAGAAAAUAAACGCAUUUAUGAUGAUACAGAAGUAGGGUCAAAUAAGUAUGAAAAUAAAUUUAUUGAUGGAGAAAAAUUAAAUACAGAUAAUCCUAAAAGUGAAAUAAAAAAAGAGGAAUUGAAUGGAAAUGAACCUAGUAGUGAAAUUGAAGAUGAAUUAAAUAAAAAUAUAUUAGAAAAAGAUCCUGUUAAUAUUGUAUGGCAUAUUAGGAAUGGCACAUUAAAUGAGGAAAAAGAAAAUGAAAUAAAUUCGCAGAAGGAAAAAUCUACAUGUGAUACUGAAAUGAAAAAUUUAAGAAAUAAAACGUCAAGCAAGAAUGAUAUAUGUAAUUGGAAUUCAUGGGUUGAUAUACAUAUGUUAGCGUUACUAGAGUGUAAAAAAGAGGAAUGGAAAUUGAAUAAAAAUGAAUUUUUUAAUAUUUGUUUAGAAGAGAUCCAAAAAGAUGGAGAAAAUUCUAAUUUAAAAGAAAUGGGAAAUAAUUUUAUAAUGAAAAUAAAAGAAAAAAAAAGUACUGAUACAAUAGGUAAAGAAAGUAGUAUAUUAGAGAAAUAUAGAAAUGAAAAGUGGUUUAUUAAUUUGAAGAAAGAAUGGAAAGAAGAACAAGAAAAAUACUUAGAAUAUUUAGAAGAACAUGAAAUUGAAAAAAUGACAGAAAUGGGAGUAAAUAAUAUUAUUCUAUAUAAAAAAAAAAAAAUAUGGAAGAAAUGGAUAGAAUGGCAAAUAGAGCAUUCAUACAAAUACAAAAAUCAGAAUUGGUUUAUAAAAUUGUUAGAAGAAUAUGAAAAAGAAGAAAUUAAUGAAUAUUUAAAGGAAGAAAAUAUAGAGAAAGAAAGAAAUAAUGGAAUAGAUAAAUGUGAAAUAAAGAAAAUUUUGGAAAGGAGAAUUUUGUUAGAUAUUCAUAUGAUGUUAUUAGAGGAAUGUAUAAAAGAAGAGUUGCAAAAAGAAGAAGAAUUUUAUAAAACAAACAUAAUUGAGAUAAGAAAAUUUAAAAAUUUGGACGAAGAAACAAAUAAAUUAGAAAAAAUAGAGAGAGAAAGAAGUUGGAAUGUUAUAUCAGAGAAAGAAAAAGAGGAAAUAGAAAAAUGGAAAAAAGAAAAAUGGUUUAUUGAGUUAAUGUUAGAAUGGAAAAAUAAUGAAGAAAAUUAUAUGAUGGAGAUAAAUGAAGAAAUUUUAGCAAAAAAGAAUCAAGAAAGUGUAAUAGAUGUUAUCUUAGAAAGACAAAGCAAUAUAUUGAAAAAACACUGUGAAAAUAUUUAUAGAAAGUGGAAAGAUGAUGAUAACAAUGAAGAAUGGUUUACAAAGUUAGUUAAAGUACAUGAAAAUGAACAGAAAGAAUAUAAAAGUAGAAUUGAUAACAAUAGUAUAGAAAAAAAAAAAGAAAAUGUAAAAACCGUAGAUAUUUGUGAACCAGUAAUAGAGUUUAACAAAAAGGGAGAAGAGAAAAUGAGAAAAUAUGAAAGGAAUAGUUUACAGGAAUCAUAUGAAAAGAAUAAUUCUAUAAUAAACAAAAAAAAAUUAAAAUGGAAGACUUUAAUAGAAAUAUAUAUGGUAAUAUUGGAGGAAUGUAGAAAAGAAGAGUGGUUAUUGAAUAAAGGAAAAUUUUUAGAAACCUGUUUAGAUGAAUUUAUAAAAGAAGAAAAAGAAAAAUAUCCAGAAAUAAUAGAAAAUGAUUUAGCCAUCAUAAAAGAAGGGGCAGAAGGCAUUAGUACAUUAAUGAUUGAGAAACAAAAACUUUUAUGGAAAAAAUGGGUACAAAGAAACAAAAGAAUGUCAGAGAAAUGGAAAAAUGAAGAAUGGUUUAUUAAUUUAAAAAAAGAAUGGGGAAAAGAACAAGAAAAAUUUAAUGAAUUAACAAAAGAAUCAGAAAUAUCAGAUAUAGUAGCAGGAAAAAAUCCUAUGCUAGAGAAACAAAAAAGAAUAUGGAAACGAUGGCUAAGAAAACAAAGAAUGUGGUUUAUACUACAUAGCGAGGAUGAAUGGUUUAACAAUUUAUUGGAAGAAUACGAAGAAGAAGAAGAAUGUAUGAAAAGAAUAACUAAAAAAGAUACGAAAAAGGAGAAGGAAAUUCAUGAAAAUAUAGAAGAAUUGAAGCAAGUAGGAGAUAACGAAAUACAGAAAAAUAGAAAAAAAAGGAUGAAAUUGAUACAAAAGAUUUGGAUAGAAAUACAUAUGACGCUAUUAGAAGAAUGUAUGAAAGACGAAUGGCAAAAAGAAAAAGAAUAUUUUUUUAAAACAAUGAUGGAAGAGUUGAAAAUACAAGAAAAUUUAGAUGAAAAUGUUAUCAUAUUGGAAAUAAAAAAAAAAAGAAGUAGGAAUGCUAUAUUAGAUAUUGAAAAAGUGGAAAUAGAAAAAUGGAAAAAGAAAAAAUGGUUUAUAGAGUUAAUGUUGGAAAUGAAUAACAAGGAAAAAACAUACAUAAAAGACGUAUAUGAAGAUAUGAUAGAAAAAAAGAAUGAGGAAAAAAUUAGAAAUCCCAUGUUAGAAAUGCAAAAAAUUAUAUGGAAAAAACACUGUGAAGAUAUUCAUAGGAGGUGGAUAGAAAAAAAUAAUGAGGAAAUUUUACAACACUAA